AUGGAUCUGUGGCUUUGGGAUGAGGUACCAUCGCAGGAAGUUCCUCCGGGGAGCAAGCUGUCAGGACUGGAAGCAACCGAAUUUGGCUUUUAUUACCCUGACUUGGAGUUGCAAGGGAAUGCACCGACGGCUGAGACAUCCUGGAAAGGUCCCAUUCAGCUGUGGCAGUUUCUCCUGGAGCUGCUUCACGACGAGGCCCGUAGCAAUUGCAUCCGCUGGACAGGCAACAGCCGCGAGUUCCAGCUGUGCGACCCCAAAGAGGUGGCUCGGCUGUGGGGUGAGCGCAAGAGGAAGCCCGGCAUGAACUAUGAGAAGCUGAGCCGAGGUCUGCGAUACUAUUACCGCCGUGACAUCGUGCUCAAGAGCAGUGGGCGCAAAUACACAUACCGUUUUGGGGGCCGUGUGCCCGGCCUAGCCUGUCCCGAUGGUGCUGGGAAUGGGCAGGGAACAGAAACCCAAUAA